UUUUUUUUUUUUUUCUUUUGCGUUCCAUCUUUUUUUUUUGGUCUCCAUUGUCGUCAAAAUUUUUAUAUCUUGGGGGUCUUCCUUCCUACAUGCUUUUAUCAGUUUAUCGUUGAUAUAUCCGUGAUCAGAAUGGAGUUCGUGCUCUCUGGCUUGGCUUGUUAACCUAACCCCCAUCAGCGGUUUAGAGGUCUUGGGGAAUAAAAAAAUGCGAUGGACAAACACCUUGUCGUUACAUACAUACAUGCACGGCGUCGCGUGGUAAAAGCACACUUUUCCAAGGAAAACAGCCCAACUGAUGGAGACAAAAGAAAAAAAGGAAGGGAAGGGAUUGAAAAUGACGGGACUUGCCAACUCCUCCUUGGCGCUUCCUCUCUAUCCACCUCAUCACCAUACCCUAGCGGAACCAGCUAUGUUCUGGUGUUUGCCUUCGACUUUGGGUCUUCUCUGUUUUCCCUUUUUUUUGCUGUAUACUAGUAGUCCUUUAGCGCUUACAUUACACCCGUAUGGUUUACACUUUUAUGUCGUAACUUUUUUGGCUUCAUUACACUGGCGAAAAUGGUAUCAGGGAAGAGAAGCAAUCCAUUGAUGGAGUAACUCAGCAGUUGAUACAAAAUGCAUCUUGAUUUUAUCUUACUCAUUUGCUCUUUUUGAG